UAACGUUCAGAUUUAUCCACGUGUCUCAUUCUCCCGCUCCGUCCAUCUAUCCGUUAACCUAACUCUCUCUCUUCCUCUCUCUCUCUCUCUCUCUCUUCUGCAACUCUUCCCACCUUUGAAACCACACAAACCAAGAAAACCGAAAAAAAAUUCGAAAAAGAAAAAAAAAAGACAAAAAGAAAAACCGUUAUUCCACACACAUUGAAUCUCUGCAACAAUGGGGAAGCUUCUCUGCGAUUCCACCACCGUCGCCGCCGAACCGUUCCAAGGUUCGCCAUCGCCGGCUCUUCCUUGGCGGGAUCCGAAAUCUGCGGCUCCGAUGGACGCCAUCGGAGCUGUAGAUCUCGUCGCUCCGACCAACGUUGCCACCGCUGGAGGCGUCGGCGGCGGUUGGGAGGACGUUAUAGGUCUGGAGGACCAGCAGCGGCGCCACUUGCAGAGGCUGCACGCUAAAGGCGUACUGUGGAAGCCACCGCCGGAGGAUGAGGAAGACGAUGACGAUUCUUCUUCGUCUUCCUCCUCCUCGCCGUCGUCAUCUUCUCUCAGAUCCGUCGUCUUCCGCCUCUCUCACGGCGGCGAGGUCUCCUCCGACGGUAACUGCCUCUUCACGGCGUCGCGGAAAGCGAUGUUAGGAGGCGACGACGACGGAGGAUUCGACGUGCGGGAGCUGCGGCGGAGGACGGUAGCAAGGUUUCUGGAGGAUCUUGGAUCUGCGGGAUUUGAGGAGAGAGAAGCGAUAGACGACGCGAUCCGGCACAUGUACUCGCCGGAUCUGAGGAACGGUUGGGGGAUUCACGUCGUUCAAGAGGUGAAGUUGUUGGCCAAGAAAGAGGACAGGUUCGCCCUCGAUUCGGCCAUCGAAGAGCUCGUUCACCUCGGCAUGCAAAGAGAAAUGGCGGCAGAGUCUAUUUACAAAGAGAGGUGUAUUCCGGUGAAUGAUGGUCCAAGUUGGGCCAAAUACAUGUUGAUCUCUGGUUCUGCUGAUGAUGAAUAUGAUAUCAUCACUUUGCAAUAUACUGAGGAAGGUUUGUUAUCUGUAGAUGAGAACAGAGAAGGUCAUGCUGCAGCUUUCGGUGAUGAUAUUGCUAUUGAGUGCCUUGCCACUGAGUUCAAGCGUGAGAUUUAUGUGGUGCAAGCACAUGGUUCUGAUGCCAUGGUUGAUGAAGAAAAUUGUGUUUUCUUCCUUCCCCACCGUCCAAGGAGCCAAGUUACAGAGCUUCCCUUCUUCCUUUUCAUGAAAGGAACAGGUUGGUGUGGCGCUGGAGCUGACCAUUAUGAGCCCCUUAUUGCACAUCCAUCUGCCUUUGUUUCGCAAGAAAAGGUUGCUGUUGUACUGUGAGGCUUCAGGGCCUGCAAUUUUGUGGAGUAGACAAAUGAGUUUAGAAGUAGAAUUCCUUCGCCCUAUUUAUUAUGGCGCCUCUUGAAAAAUGUUUGGCCUGCCAUCUCUCUGGUUCUCCUGAUAGUACUAUUCCUGGCCUCAAGGAGGAUCUCAUUUUGCCUAGGCAUUCAUCAUUUUGUUGCUGACAUUUAGAAUCAAUCAUCUUUGACUCUUGUGACAUUUGUUGACUUAGCAGGUUUUGCCCUGCAGAGUUUGAGCUACUACCCCUAGAGUAAUUUUCCCUAGUUUUUCACCGGCUUCUGUUUUUUUUGUUGUUCAUGUUGUUGAGUUCAGUGGAUUAGAGGUGUACCUUCUAGGUAGUGUGUUGUUCAAAACGGAAGAAUUGUAUCUGAGUUUUUUUUAUAUUUUCACCAAUUUAACGAAGUGGCUUCUUUUCUGGCCA